AAUCUCCCCUAUUUUCCCUCACGUUCCCACGCUUUCUCUCCUUUCAAACUACGCACAAAAAAUACCUUCAUCUUCCUCUCUCUCUUCGCCUUCGACGAAACCCUAGCGAUUCCAUUCCACCAUCGUCUGUGAACUCGUGACAUCGUCAAUGGCUCUACCGUUCGGGAAGGGUGGUGACGUGGAGUCGGGGCAGAAUGGGCAACUUUACCCGAAUCAGAUGGAGACCCCUCAGCUCCGAUGGGCCUUCAUUCGGAAGGUUUACAUGAUCGUCGCUUUUCAGCUGCUUCUCACCGUCGGUGUCGCCUCUGCCGUUGUGUCCAUCCCCUCCAUUCCCGGCUUCGUCAGAUCCGUGUCCGGCACCGUCACGUUCGUUUUCAUUAUGGUGUCCACCAUUGGAGUUGCGAUUGGGUUGUACUUUUACCACAAGAAGCAUCCGUGGAAUUAUGUGCUUCUUACUCUCUUUACGAUUUUACUUGCGGUUACGGUGGGAUUCACUUGUUCCUUCAAAGCAGGGAAGAGCGUUCUUCUAGCUGUGAUUCUGACUGCUACGGUUGUUGUCGCCUUAACUCUAUACACAUUCUGGGCAGUGAAGAGAGGCGCGGACUUCAGCUUCCUCGGGCCAUUUUUGUUCGCUGCAACCCUCAUGCUUUUGAUGUUUGGUCUCAUCCAGAUAUUGUUGCCUCUGGGGCCGUUUUCAAGGAUGGUGUAUUCUGCAAUUGGAGCUCUCCUGUGCUGUGCUUAUAUUGUGUACGACACUGACAAUCUGAUAAAGAGGCUCAGCUACGAUGAAUACAUAUUCGGUGCACUCUCCAUAUACAUUGAUAUCGUCCAACUCUUCUUGUUUCUGCUCUCUUUGAUCAGCGGUGGUAAGUAAAUAUUGACGACCAGCAACUAGAGCGUAAGCAGUGCAGAGAGGCCUCCUUUACUCAUCUCAUCGUGCGAAGAUGAAGUUUUUCUAUGAUGGUUUCGUCUAUAACAACUGUAUUCACCCAUUUUUGCUACAAUAGCUUGAUCUACAACAGGAUCAACUUGGUUAACUGUAUAUGUUUCGAACUAUUCACAGAAGGAUAUUUACACAUUUAUUUUUUAA